AUGAGCGCUACCAAGAACAAGUACUCGGUCAUUUUGCCGACCUACAACGAACGCAAGAACCUCCCUAUUAUUAUCUGGCUGCUCCAGAAAACCUUCAACGAGAGCAAGCUAGACUGGGAAGUUAUCAUUGUUGACGAUGGUUCCCCUGACGGCACCCUCGAGAUCGCAAAGCAACUCCAGAAACUCUAUGGCGCCGAGCACAUCAUCCUGAAGCCUCGCGAAGGCAAGCUCGGCCUAGGAACCGCCUAUGUGCAUGGCCUGCAGUUCGUGACCGGCAACUUUGUCAUCAUCAUGGACGCCGACUUCAGCCACCACCCUAAGUUCAUCCCCGAGAUGGUCCGCAUUCAGAAGGAGAGCGAUGCCGACAUUGUGACCGGCACCCGGUACGCCAACCGCGGAGAUAUUAAGGGGGGUGUCUAUGGCUGGGAUUUGAUUCGCAAGUUUACUUCGCGCACAGCAAACAUGAUCGCAGAUGUCAUGUUGAUGCCUGGCGUCAGUGAUUUGACUGGAAGUUUCCGCCUGUAUAAGAAGCAGGUUCUCGACAAGGUCAUUACUAGCACCCAGGGUAAGGGCUACAGUUUCCAGAUGGAGAUGAUGGUCCGUGCCAAGGCUAUGGGAUACAAGGUGGAGGAGUGUCCUAUCACCUUUGUCGACCGUCUCUACGGAGAAAGCAAGUUGGGCGGCAGCGAGAUUGUCGAGUAUCUCAAGGGUGUUAUGACCCUGUGGCUGAAGGUUUAA